AUGGAUGCUCAAGAUCGGCAAAUAGAGCAUUAUUUGAAUUGUUUAUCCGAUUCUGAUGAUGACAAUGAUACUUCGACUCAGCGAGAAGACGCGGGCUUGAGCGACAUCGAGGAUCACGUCGAUAUUGAAGAAGAGAUCCCGACAGAUUCAGACAACAAUGAAAUUCAAGAUGAUGAACAACUGAUCGGUUUAAGACAGCAGAGGCGAAGCGGUGUCAUCUUAUCUUCUGAUUCGGAAGCUGAAGAAAGCCCAGGUACGUCAGCUAACUCCGCUUCAUCAUAA